UUGAAGCGACUACAAAUCUCGUAUUAAUAGGGUAAGACCAUUGUCAACUCUGUCGCCAAUUUUGUCGCCUAUUUGCGCUAUACCUUGAACCUACCCCGUCGCACGUCCCACUAGUUCUAGGUCUAUAAAUUGGCAUAAACCUGCUGUCUUCUCAUUUACGGCCCGCGUCAUCUGGGAAACCCCGCCAAUACCUCGUGGUUUUGUCUUGUAAUGGGCUUAUAGUAUGCCUCCGUCAUCGAAGCGAUCACAGAGGACGCGCCGGCAUCGCGAUAUUAGUCCGAGCCCCGCCCCGCCGGAGCAAUCCUCGCCGUCGCGCCCGUCUAAACGCAGAAGAAAAGGCGACGAACCAGUCUCGGAAACCGUCGAGGAUGAGGGCUCAAGUCUCACCCUCGAUAACUCGGCGCCCGAAGGGUCUAGCGACGACGAUCGACUAAUUACUCAAGUAACCCAACAUUUGCGAAGCAUUCAAACCCAGGCCAGCAAAGAUCAUGCCAAUGCUAUACACGAAGCCAAAACCGAGGAUAUAGAGGCUUAUGCCAAAAUAUCCGCACACGACUGGACAUAUUACAUCAAGUCGCUGUCUAUCAAUAUCGGUAGAACUUCCGAACCUUCCCAUGCCCACCCCCCUCGACAAGACCGUGAGAAUGAAGAGUUUGUUCAUAUCGACCUUGGUCCCUCCAAGACGUUCUCACGCCAGACGGCUAUCAUUUACUACGACUCGGACCCUGGAAGGUGGUUUAUUCAGGCGAAGGGGCGCAAUGGCAUCAAGGUCAACAACAUUCCUAUGAAGAAAACGGAUACACCGCAUCCCCUUUCUAGCGGCGAGGUUAUUGAGAUUGGUGGUAUCGAGAUGAUGUUCGUUUUGCCUGCUAGCCUAGGACCCCUCGAUAUACACCCUAUGUACCUUGAACAAGCUGGCAUCAAACCUUCGCAGUCGACCCCUGCGCGCGAAACAGGACGGACAGCUCUUCCUACGGCACCUCCAGCAGAUCAUCCAUCUUCGCAGCCUGCACGACCCUCUUCCUCCCGCGGCCAGCUCUUCCAGCAACCAAUCGCGCCGGCGCCCCCCGAUUACAGACGGCCAGGCACACCGCCAUCGGCCAAGAGUCGCCCUACUACUUCUCAACAGAAGACACCUGCACAAGGCUCUUCCGGUACGGUGAUAAUGAGUCAGAGUGAUGUAGACUUAAGCAAAGAUGAAAACAAGCACAUCAAGCCUCAUUUCAGCUAUGCUCAAAUGAUCACGCAGGCGAUCAUGAGCACGUCGGAGGAGAAGUUAAACCUUGCCGGGAUUUAUCAGUAUAUCACGAAGCAUUAUGCUUAUUAUCGACACCAACCUCCUUCCGGGUGGCAGAACUCAAUAAGACACAAUCUGUCAUUGAAUAAGUCCUUUAUGAAAGCACCUCGAACCACGGACGAGCCAGGCAAAGGUAUGAAGUGGGAGAUUGUUCCCGAGGCCCGCGAAGAAAUGAUCCGCGUUGCGUACAAGGGCGGCCGUGGUGGACAUCGAGGCUCUUCUGCGCCCUCGUCUCCCAGUCAGCCUAGUCAGCUGAGUUACAUCACUCAUGGACCUAGAGAGAUCACGAACCGAGAGCCGGCGUCGACCCGAAAGCGCAAGGCGUCCCCACUCGCGUCGCCACCCCCGAAGUCAUCUUUCAACCUGUCCCAGGUUACACCAGAUCGCAAGUAUUUACCAACAGGGCCGGCGAGCUUCCAAGAUGGCAGCCCCCUUCCGCGCCGGCGGGCCUUAGACGGCCCCAGCUCCUUUGAUGCUGCGCAGGCGCUUCCGCAAUCGCCUCCGACUCUCUCUUCUUCUUUUCUUCAGGAUGAGAGUGCCUCCUUCGUCACCCCAGCGCCUCACCGCGUCCACCCUAGGCUUGCGCCUCCCAGUACCGCCCAACGGCCCAGCCAGCACAUGCCGACCAGUUCACCGGCCCCUUUCUGGAAGUAUGCCGAUAUCGGCAGCACGCCCCUGAAGCCGCCGCAGUUUGACGUCAGUCCUUCGAAGCCUAUGCGCCGCUUGACAAACAGCAGCAGCCCCCCUCCCGCCGCAGGUGAUGGGUCACCUGUUGCCAGUCCUAGCAGAUCGACCCGAUCAGCCCGCACGGAGACCCAAGACAGAGAGAAAACAGCCGCACCGGAAGACGAAGAAGAAGGAGAAGGAGGUGAAGGUGAAGAAGAAGGCGAAGGCGAAGGAGAAGGCGGUUUCGACCUUACUAAAGGCUUCCAGAGCAUCGGCUCUUAUCACGCCAAUCUUCACUUCGGCGGUGGUCUCGGACCCCGUGCAAACGGCAGACGUACCUAAGCAAGUGUCAUAUACUAACCUCAUAAGAGGCAUUUCGGCUACGGCCAGUCGGCCUUUUGAUUGUUCCAUUAAGUGGAAAUAGCUGUGAAACGGUUUUAUGGCUUUUCUUCCCCACUUUGUACUAUUAUUCUAUGAACCUUGCAUUCCUUUGGACUGGGGCGGUCAACAUGUGCC